CCAGUUGCGCCAGUAGUCAGUAGUGCAGACACGACAACAACAACAACAACAACAACAGCACCCGCAACGGUGAUACAGGUAAACGACCGUUUGCCGUUGAUAUUCCAUCGUGCAGUGUCGUCAUCGAUGUCGAACGAUUACGGUGGAAUUGACUCCGAUUCGGAGAGGAAUCUCUUAGAGCAACAGCGAAGAAGGAGAAUGCAGUUGCAUCCACCCGGACGCUUAUUGCAUUUGAGUGUUUCGAAUGGAUCGUUAGUGAAGAGGUGGACUGAUUACAAUGAAUUCGAUGAGAUUAAACUGUCUGGUGCAGUCAUCUCUGAUCAUAUGCCGUACUACGUGAGGAAGGUGCUUGCAAUGGAUAGCACCGCUAAUCUUCUGCACGAUGUUUAG